AUGGCGACUUUGCUCAGUCAACCUCACGGUGAAGCCAUCGGAUAUUCCUUCACUCAGCCAACGAGUGUUCCGAACAAAGAGCAUUCAUUCUACCCGUACACCGACAAUGGCGGUUCAACCUUGGGCAUCACUGGCUCCAACUUCGCUAUCCUUGCUGGUGACACUCGGUCCGUUGCAGGCUACAACAUCAACUCUCGAUACGUUCCGAAAGUCUUCAAAAUCGGAGGUGAUGAUGAAACUGGCGAGGGUGCUCACAUUCUCCUGUCGGUCGUCGGCUUCGCCGCAGAUGGCCAAGCACUCAAAGAAAGGCUAGACGCUGUGGUAAAGAUGUACAAGUAUCAGCACGGGAAGUCAAUGUCCGUUGGAGCUUGUGCACAGCGCCUGUCGACGAUCCUCUAUCAGAAACGGUUCUUUCCCUACUACGUGCAUGCUAUUCUAGCAGGCUUGGAUGAGGAUGGCAGAGGUGCAUUGUACAGCUACGAUCCAGUAGGGUCGUACGAGAGAGAACAAUGCAGAGCAGCUGGGUCUGCCGCGAGCUUGAUCAUGCCAUUCUUGGACAACCAGGUCAAUUUCAAAAACCAGUACAUCCCUGGCAGUGGUGAAGGCCAUGCUCUGGAGCCCAAGAAAGCAGACCCAUUGUCAAGAGACACUGUUGAGGAGCUCGUACGAGAUGCUUUCACAAGUGCCGUUGAAAGGCAUAUUGAAGUUGGUGAUGGUCUACAGAUGAUGGUCAUUACUAGCGGAGGUAUAGAGGAGAUCUACUAUCCUCUGAAGAAGGACUAA